GCAAUCUCUCAAGUGCAUACUGCCGUCGAGCCCAAAGAUAGACGACGGACAUGGCCCUCAGGCAAUGGCCGGCUUGCUGCAGCGGGGACUGCCUCAGCCAUGGCCGGGUGCAACUUAGGGAGUCGUCGGCACAUCAAGAAGCGGUCGGAAGUGAUAGCAAAGGCAGAAGAACAGCCUGAACGCCAAGGAUCUACAGCUGUCAUUUCCGGUUCCCAAGGUGUUCUUGACCGGCUUUGGCAGAAUCAAAGGCAAAACAUGAAUGUUCUUGUUGCGGGCAUUGUGGGCGCUAUGAUCUUUGGCACAUACGUCACCCUCUCGCUUGGAGCAGUGGCUGGUGCUGAAUGGUUUGCAUGCUACUUCAUUGAAUAUUCGUUGUCAGUGGACAACCUCUUCGUCUUCAUUGUUAUUUUCGACUACUUCAAAGUCACAGGUGAGCGCCAGUCUCAGGUGUUGAACUACGGCGUGGCAGGGGCUGUGAUUUUGCGUUUUCUUUUCGUUUAUAUGGGAGCACAACUACUGCAGCGCUUUGACUUUCUAAUCCUUCUCUUCUCUGCCAUUCUGGUGUAUGCAUCAUACCAGGGGUUGGCAAAGUCGGACGACGAUGACGACGAAAACGACUCCAUAGAAGAUGAUGCCAUUUACAAGACAUUGACCAAGAUGGUGGAGAUCUCUCCCAGACUAGAUGGUGAUAACUUCUUCACAGAGGUCAGUGGAAGAUGGGUGGCAACUCCUUUGUUCCUUUGUUUGCUGGUGAUUGAGUUUAGCGACAUUGUCUUCGCCACUGAUUCUGUUCCGGCGGUGCUUGGCACAACGCAGGAUCCUUUCAUUGCGUAUUCAUCGAACAUUUUCGCAGUUUUUGGACUGCGUUCCCUGUUCUUCAUCCUACGGGAGGCCAUGACCAGGUUCACAUACUUGGAGCCUGCCGUAAGCAUAGUGCUUGGCUUUAUUGGUGUGAAAAUUGUGGUCGAUUACUUCAAUAUCAUCCAGGUUCCAGUCAUGCUGUCGCUGGGCAUUGUCCUCUCCAUCUUGACUCUCGGAGUUGUCCUCAGCCUGAAGGAGCUUGAUUCCAUCGCUGAUACCAUGGAGUCUCAGCCAGAGACAGCAAGUAUUGGUCAAGCGUCAAACAGCAGCUUGGCCAAAUUGCGAAGAGGUCAUACGAGUCGUACGAGUCAUGAAUCUGUUUGA